AUGAGGCAGAUGAUCCUGGUCCAGAGCCUUGCAAAGAGGCGUCCAGCUCAACUUGGCAAUGGGGAACGAAUCCCGAAUGGUAUUCCACGGCCCUCGCAGCCUCCCUCCGCCUCAGGCAGACGGGAGAUGAACCCCGGGGAUGCUGGUGGUCGGGGUCGGCAGGUGGCUGCCAGUCAAGGUGUUCCAUCGCCCCUCGUCCUGCCGUGGGCGUCCCUGAUUGUGGGCAUAGCCGUCACUCUUUUCCCAGGAUGCCGCCCAUGUAACCGGUUCUUCCUGUCCCCGCAGCACAUUUCUUGGAGCAGAUUAAACAUGGGUGCUAUUUCUCCAAUAGGACGGAGCGGAUGCGGUUUGUGCACACUCAUCCACACCCGGAGGAGUAUGAGCGCUUCCACAGCGACGUGGGAAAGUUCCGGGCGGUGGAGGAGCUGGAGCGGAGGAGAGUCCAGGAAUGGAAACAGCCAGAAGAACCUCCUGGGCUACUUGCGGGUCUGUUGGACACCUACUGCAGACACAACUAUGAGGUUUUUGAGAGCUUCUCCAUGCCGAGGCGCGGACACUCUGGACUUCAGCCAACAGCCCCCUGAACUGAAGGUGAUACUCAGGAAAGAACCUUUAAACCUAGCUCGGAAGCAUGAGAAGAUUGCCUGCCUGGCCUCCCGUUCUUCCACAAAAGGAAAGCUUUCUCAGGACCGGGUCUGCUCCUGCUACAAUGACCUUGCAGAAAAUGUCCUCCCUGGUGGCUUUCUCAGCCCUGCCCUUGGCUUGGAAGUUCCAGUAUUGAUGGCAAUACCCCAUCUUCAUUCUUUCCUGGUCCCCUUGGUACCCAGCCUUACUGCCUCCCAUAAAUCUGAAAUUACCUUGUAUGUAAUGUUACUAAAUUUUUCUGGAAUAAACAUGGAGUGA